AUGGGGAUUCCCACCGACGACAACAUCUACGGGUACGACGGUUCCAAAGCUGCCGCAAUCGUCUUCACGGUCGUCAACUCUGCCCUUCUGACCUAUCACGGCUAUCUUUCUCUCUGGUUGCCUUGCAGAUGGUCCAAAGUUCGUCCCACCCAACGCCAUAGGUACACCAUCUGUCUCUGGGUGGCUGCAGCAUUUGCCACCGCGGGAUAUUCUGUUCGCCAAGCAUCCCUCAGCAAGACCGAUGAUGUUGGUUUAUACGCCACUUCGGCGUCAUACGUCGUCCUCAGUCCUAUAUUCGUUUGCGCGAGUCUAUACUGGCAACUGAAGUAUCUGGUGCUCCUUCUACUGCCGCGCAAGGAGCAGAGGAUUUAUGGCCUCAACCCGAGGUGGUUGGGCCGAAUCUUCAUCACGUCCGACGUUACUUCCUUCCUGACUCAGGGUGCUGGGUCUGGCGUUGCUAGCAGUGCUGGCUGGGAGGGCAACACAAAAGAUAUUGGCCUCAACAUCAUACUGACAGGGCUCGCACUACAGCUGGCGACGUUCACUUUCUUCAUUGCCUUUCUAGCCACGUUGGUCAUCAGAGCGCGCAGACAUGGCGGUCUGACCUCGGGUCCACACAAAGUCUUGAUUGGCGUCUGGAUUGCCGCUGCUUUUGUACAGACAAGGACGAUCUUCCGUAUGGUAGAGUUUGCUCUCGGAAUUGACGGCUAUCCUUUUUCGAAUGAGUGGAUGUUGUACAUCUUUGACGGUGUCCCUAUGAUCAUUGCACUCACAGCUCUGGGCUGGUUCCAUCCGGUCACUCAUCUGCAGGGCAAGCAAUUCUUUGAGGAGCAAGAAGCGCUCGUCGAGGCGAAGGACGGUGUCCCGAUGAAUGCGAUGGACAAGACUGGGUGUGCCAGCACUGUGAGGGUCUGA